AUGGCUGUGAAUGGAAUCAACGGUGUCAAUGGGACACGUUCAAAGCAUGAUAUUUCGACGUUGAAGGUGAACCGGUCCCGGUUGAUGGAUGCUAUCCAUACAGGAUGUAAAUAUGGCGCAGCUCAUCGAUAUGGAGAUCACCCUACGGAGACCGGGAUGGCCAGGCUAAGUCUGAAUGAUGCCGACAAGCAAAUUCGCGACUGGUUCAUGGCAGCUGCCGAAUCAUUGAAUUGUAAGACCAGUGUUGACCAGAUGGGAAACUUGUUUGCCAUUAGACCGGGCAAAAACUCUUCGGCGCCUCCUAUCAUGAUGGGUUCUCAUCUCGACACUCAGCCAACAGGUGGAAGGUAUGAUGGCAUUCUUGGUGUCAACGCCGGUUUGGAAGUACUCAGAGUGUUGCAUGAGAAUAACGUCGAGACUGAAGGAAGUAUCGGUGUUGUCAACUGGACGAAUGAAGAAGGCGCUCGCUUUCCGAUGAUGGCUGUCUCGUCUGGUGUGUGGGCCGAGGCUGUCCCUCUGGAGACCGCUUGGGACCUCGCUGAGGUAUCUCCCGGCGAAGAUGGUCAACGACGGACCAUGAAGCAGGAACUCGAGAGAAUCGGCUAUCUUGGGCCACAACCCGCGUCUUACAAGGCCAUGCCCAUAGCCAGUCAUUUUGAACUCCAUAUCGAACAAGGUCCGAGUUUGGAGAUCGAAAAACGGAAGGUUGGGGUGGUGAAAGGUGUGCAAGCAUUUAAGUGGUUCGAAAUCACAGUCAGGGGCCGUGACACACACGCUGGCACAACCCCGUUUCCUGCUCGAAUGGAUUCCAUGCUAUGUGCGGCUAAACUUAUUGUCGAAUCCAACGCCAUUGCAAAGAAGCACGGUGGCCUGGCGACGACUGGAAUCUUGACCGGUCAGCCGGGCUCUAUCAAUACCAUGGCUCACACCGUUACCUUUACCCUGGAUAUCCGGCACACGGUGGACGAGAAGCUCUCUGAGAUUGAAAAGUCGUGUCGGGAGGCAUUCUCAAGGAUCUCAGAGAAGGAAAGUGAAAAGGGCUGCAAGAUUGGAUGGAAGGAGCUCGUCGACAGCCCAGCCGUGAAUUUCCACCCUGAUUGCAUUGCCGCUGUCGAAGCUAGCGCUAAAGAUGUUUGUCAAGACCUGCCCAUGACUGCAGAAGAUGGAGAGCUGUGGAGAUAUAUGAUCAGUGGAGCUGGCCAUGACAGUUGCUAUACGAGUCGCCGCUGUCCAACGAGCAUGAUCUUCACCCCGACCAAGGACGGAGUCAGUCAUAACCCUCAAGAGUAUUGUAGCCCUGAAGAUUGUGCUAUUGGUACCCAAGUACUACUUGGGGCCGUGCUGAGAUAUGACAGGCUGCGGGCUGAUAGAGGAGAUUUUGACUGA